AUGUAUUUUGGCCAAUAUUGUAAUCAAACAUUUAACAACGUUAACGGUGUACACAGUCGCAAAAAUUUUCUCACUGGAAACACUCCUCUCCAGUGCGACGUUUGCUUUAGAACGUUUAGUUGUAAAUCCAAAUUGCAUAUACAUAAAAGAACGCAUACUGGGGAAAAACCAUAUGCGUGCGAUGUUUGUGGCCAAUCAUUUUCGAGGAAAGAUCAUUUGGGUAGUCAUGGAAGAACGCAUACUGGGAAGGAACCAUAUGCGUGCGACGUUUGUGGCCAAUCAUUUACGCAGCAAGCAACUUUGGUUUCACAUAAAAGAACGCAUACUGGGGAGAAGCCAUAUUCUUGCAACGUUUGUUGUCAAUCAUUUUUGCUUAAGUCAACAUUGGUUUCACAUACAAGAACGCAUACUGGGGAGAAACCAUAUGUGUGCGAUUUUUGUGGCCAAUCAUUUACGCAGCAAACAGAUUUGGUUAGACAUGGAAGAACGCAUACUGGGGAGAAGCCAUAUUCUUGCAACGUUUGUUGUCAAUCAUUUUCGCUUAAGUCAUCAUUAGUUAGACAUGGAAGAACGCACACUGGGGAGAAGCCAUAUUCUUGCAACGUUUGUUGUCAAUCAUUUUCGCUUAAGUCAUCAUUAGUUAGACAUGGAAGAACGCACACUGGGGAGAAGCCAUAUUCUUGCAACGUUUGUUGUGAAUCAUUUUCGCAGAAGACAACAUUGGAUAGACAUAAAAGAACGCACACUGGAGAGAAACCAUAUGCGUGCAACGUUUGUGGCCGAUCAUUUGCUCGACAAUCAGCUUUGGUUGUACAUUAUAGAAUACACACAGGUGAAAGACCAUACGAGUGCGGCCAGUGUGAAAAAAAGUUCUCAACAAGCGGUAAUUGUUCAGAACAUACACGAAGAGUUCAUAUCAAAUGUUUUUAA